AUGUUCGAGAUGCUUGGUGAAAACGGGCCGAGCAGUGGGGCAGGCUUCGAUUCUAUGCUGGAGAUUUUACCUGAGGAAAAUGACGUCAAUUUAGGCGAUGAGCUUAUUAUACUGUCGUCCAACCACUCGGAGCCCGUACACACCAAUCGGAAUACAAAAGUGCAGCCGGCUCAGCCGCAGGCGGCUUCCGCUGUAGACAUGGAUCUACUAUUCGCGCAACAGUCGCAGCCCGUGCCGAUGGAAAACUUUCAAAACGGUGAGAUUGCACAGCUUUGGGAUUUCAACGUCGAUGAGUUCAUGAUGACCCCGAGUCAGUCCAGCGAUUCUGCAACCAUCAGUGCGCCUAACAGCUAUAACACAGAGUUCCAUGUCAAUAUGGAGGGGCCCCUUGGCCCUGGCCCAGGUAGUGUAGAGACCGGAGGAUUAGGAUCUUCGUUCCACUCCCAUAUGGGAGGACAAAAUAACAACAAUUGGAGCCAUCUUUUAGGAAACCCGUAUCCGUCUGAAAUCAAUUCACAGCAACUCUUCGCCUCGCCUAAUGCAUUUCGAGUCGAGGAACCUAUACCAACCGCGCCUUUCCGGCCAACGCUGCCGACCAGGCGGUCAUCUUCGCAGCUUUCGAAGGCUAUUGGCGAGGAUGGAAGCAUUUCCUUGGCAUCUCACAAUACCGCCAAUUCUAUACGCAAAAACUCCAUGACCAGGCCAUUGUCUUCCACGUCGCUUUCCUCAUAUCGCCAAAAUUCUUCUUCAGAGUUACCUCGAAAACCUCAAGUCGAAUGCUUUAAUUGUAAGACCACCAAAACACCAUUAUGGAGAAGAAAUGCGGAAGGAAAUACUAUGUGUAAUGCAUGUGGUUUGUUUCAAAAAUUGCAUGGCACGAUGCGUCCUUUAUCAUUGAAAAGCGAUGUUAUUCGGAAGCGGAAUACCAAGAAGCGAGGUAAAAAAGCAGCCGCGCAGGAAACAAAAGAUGUCUCAAAGGCUGGGAAAAAAGGUGAUUCGAGCCAAGCUGAACCUUCAUCGCCUUCGUUACCCUUUGAAGUUCCAGCGACUAGCUCAGUCACAAGUUUCUCUGAAGUGGAUAUGGAAUCUCGCUCAGCAGCUUCGGGUGCGAUUCUAUCCAAUACAAACCAGCAGCUGAGCUCCACGAGUUUAUUGAGCCACAAUUCUAAGCUAAUGACUCCCGGGACACCUGUAAUUCAUAAAAAGUCCAGGAGAUCCAGCAGCUCUAGUUCUGCGUCUAACUCUAGCAAUCGUUCGUCAUCAUCAAGAACCAUGGUGCCGAUUUUACCCAAGCCAUCGCCAGGCGCAAAUCAACGAAAUCAAUAUCAACUACUCAAUGGCUUCCCUAGCAGUGCUUCCAACAGUGCAGCUUCGUCUCCAAGGGUCUCCCACUCUCCUCGACCGCCGCCAGCGCAAAGUCCCCUGCCGUUAGUCAACGGACACACUGUAUCUUCUUCAGGAGGCGGGGCUGGGAUCGCAAUAACACGCCGCAAGCCUUCUAGGCCCGGAUCUUCAUCGUUUGUUGCAACAUCUUUGCAGCUACAGCAACAACAACAGUUACAACAACAGCAGCAGCAGCAGCAGCAGCAGCAGCAGCAACAUCAUCAUCAUCAACAACAACUACAAUUACAACAACAAGAACGACAACAACUACAAUUACAACAACAGCAGCAACAACAACAACAGCAACAGCAACAACAACAACUGGGAAACUCAUCGGGCAUCGUUGGUAGCUCUUCGUCAACGAUUUCGGUCUCUUCAAGUUCCUGGAAUGGCCCUUCCGCCAUUGCAGCUUCUCCAAAAACGAGCUCAAAGUCACCCCGGUCACCAUUUGAUCUAUUUUCUACGUCACAAGAUCAGUCGAGACCAGCUUCACGAAAAUCACACACGUCUCUGCUAUCGCAGCAAUUACAACAGGCAAGUGUACCUCCACAAUACCCACAACCGCCAUCGCAGUCACAGACCCCCACAUUACAGGGAAACACCUUCUCAAAUUCAACUACUCCACAACCUACCUCAAUAAAACGUUCUCCGGUUACCGCUUCUCCCAGGAAUAGUUACAUGGACUCUAUACAGCAACAGCGCGGGCUCCAUUCCGAUGCGAGCCUGCGCAGACCGAGCACGCUCAGAUCUGAAUCCGUCAGCAAUGCAGCUUCAAACCAAUUUAAUAUAACCCCGAAGCAUAAGGAUGCUUCUCUGGACGAUCUCGAGUGGCUUCGAUUUGGACUUUAA